AUGGCAGAUCGUCAGUCCAAUGACAAAGAGAGGACAGACAAAAAGACGAAGAAUAGGACAGCAAAAGGCAAUGAGACAAACAAAUCCCAUUUAGAAAAUAUAGAAGGUCCAUCUAUUCCUACGCCUCUUCCUUUUUAUAAUCUUAUUGAGAAAGAAUUCCAAGUUCUUGAGGCUUUGGAUGCCUACAAAGUCCAACAGUAA